AUGUUGGUCCUCAGCCCGCUUGUCUGGGGAUCUUACCUGCAGCUUGUCUUCUGCUUUGCUCUAUCUCAGACUGCGUACAUUGACAAUGUCUUCUCAGUUUCAGCAGAUCUCCCUUGUUUGGAACAGAAGAAACAGCCCAACCUCAGAGCGUGCUGCCUCUUCAUCCCUCCUCCACCGCCCCUGUUCCCACCACCAUCCUUCAGGCAUGGCUGGAACACUAAACUCCUUGCCCUGGAUAUGAAAGAGUUGUGUCAGCAGCACCCGAUAAUGCAGCCUCCCUCUCUGCCCAAAUCAUACUGCCCUGCAGGGCCACCUGGCCCCCAGGGCCCACAAGGAAUUCCUGGUAUAAUGGGACCAAAAGGGGAUAAAGGGGAGAUUGGCAGGCCAGGAAGAAAGGGUAGACCAGGUCCUCCGGGUGUCCCUGGAAUGCCAGGACCAAUAGGAUGGCCUGGACCUAUGGGGCCGAAGGGUGAAAAGGGAGAGUUGGGUGUGAUGGGAUUGCCAGGUACAAGAGGACCAAUGGGCUCCAAGGGUUUUCCUGGAACUAGAGGAGAAAAGGGAUCCAGAGGUGACAGGGGUGACAAAGGAGUCAAAGGAGACCAGGGAGAAAUAGGCUUCCCUGGAAUGCUGGGACAAAAAGGAGAGAUGGGCCCGAAGGGACAAUCAGGAGUACCAGGACACAGAGGACCUAUAGGAAGACCUGGAAAACGAGGCAAACAAGGGCUGAAGGGAGACACCGGACCUGCGGGUGUCAUGGGUCCACCUGGAAGGCCAGGUCCUUCUGGCCAGCCAGGCCCCCCUGGACCUUCAGGAUCAGGGCAUUUCGCAAUAGGACCAAAAGGGGAAAGAGGACUUCCAGGACUUCCAGGGAGAUGUCUCUGCAGACCCCCACAACACAUGAGCAACCCACCGUAUGAGGAAUCUGUGUUUGGAUACAGUUAUCCAAAAGUCCCUGUGAUUUUUGUGGUGAAUAAUCAAGAAGAAUUGGACCGGUUAAACACAGAAAAUGCCUUAGCUUUUAGAAGAGAUCAGAGAUCUUUGUAUUUCAAGGAUACCUUUGGAUGGCUCCCAGUCCAGCUAUCCCCCUUCUAUCCCAUGGAUUACCGCUUCGAGGAUGGCAAUACCUGUGGAGAUGGGAUUGUACAGGAUGGGGAAGAGUGCGAUGAUGGCAAUACGGUUGUGACUGAUGACUGUAUAAGAUGCCGCCGUGCUUACUGUGGAGAUGGCUACAGACAUGAAGGGGUUGAAGACUGUGAUGGAAAGGAUUUUGGAUAUUUGACAUGUAAAACAUAUCUCCCUGGGUCUUAUGGAAAAUUGCGAUGCACUUCUUAUUGCUACAUUGACUCUACACAGUGUCGAUACUUCACAUGA